AAAAAACAACAUGAACUCGUGCGCAUGUCGAUGUUGUUCAUCUUUCUCUUUGAAGCCAAAUUUAAGGGAAUAAUUUUUAAGCGUUCAAACACAUGUUUUUUGUUGUCAUGAUUCGAAAAAAUGUUUACCAUAUUGAAUCGAAUUCGUCUUCAUUCUUCAAUUAAUACAUUGAAAUUUCAAUUAAAAUUAUCAUCGACUAAUCGGCAAUCAGAAAAACUAUGUAUUUUUCAAAUACGUUCGAUUAAUAUUGCAGGAAAAUCGGCAUCAAAUCAAUCGUCAAGAUAUCAGAAGCCAAGAUCAUCAGUUGGUUAUUUGUUUGCCUUACUUCCAGUUGCAACAUUCUGUUUGGGUACAUGGCAAAUCUAUCGAUUACGAUGGAAACUUGAUUUGAUUGCAAAAUUAGAAUCAAUAAUCAAUAAUGAUCCGAUUGAUUUUCCCGAUCAAUUAGAUCUGAUCAAUGAUAUGGAAUAUGUUAAGGUAAAAGUUCGUGGUCACAUUGAUCGAUCAUCGGCACCACAAUUUAUUUUUCCACGAUCACUGAUUCAACGUGAUGAAUCCACAAAUCAAGGAUCAUUAAUAUCGAAAGGUGGUGGUCAAGGUUUAGGAGCACAGCUAGUUAUACCGUUUGUAAUCACAGACAAACGAUUCGAUAUGAAUUCAAUGAAAAUAUUAGUCAAUUUUGGUUGGAUACCUCGUGAAAAAAUGGAUAAAAUUAAUUUAAUUCUUAAAAAUCAUAAAGUUAAUCUAAUUCCCGAUGAAGAAUUCGAACUAAUCGGUGUCAUAAGAAAAACUGAAAAGCGAGAACCAUUCACACCGAAACAAGAAUUUACACAAGGAUAUUGGACAAGGCGUGAUAUUGAAAAAAUUUCCGACCAAUUACAAACAAAACCAAUUUAUUUGGAUGCAUUUGAAAAUUAUUCAUUGAAAUUAUUGUUUGAUAAUGAUCAACUGGAUAUUAGUCCGAUUGGUGGACAAACUCGUAUCAAUCUUCGUAAUGAACAUUUAUCCUAUAUAAUUACUUGGUAUAGUUUAACCGGUAUUUUUUCCUAUUUAUGGUAUAAAAAAAUAUUUAAAUCAAGAUUGUAAAUAUUUAUAAAAA